AUGUCUAAUAGAGGCGACAGUGGGGAUGAAUCACAGGGGUUGACUCAUUUUGAACCCCAUACUUCUGAUGAUUCCCAGUCGCUAUGGCCUGUAAAUCGGAUCCUGAGGGAGUCAAGAUCCAAAUAUGAGGUUGAAUGGGCUGGCCUGGAUCCUGAGACCGGCAAACCUUGGAAACCCUCAUGGAUACCCAAAGAAGACUGUUCAGAUGCGUGUAUUCAGGACUGGAAGGAGGAGAAGCGUAGGCGUGAAGUGAAGAAACCGCGAGGCGAGAAACGUAGGUUAUUAUCGGUUACAAAGUUCUCUUGUCUCACAAACUUAAAGGAAAUGAGCCCUCUCGAACUAGUUCAAGACCGAGAAAUUAUUCAGAAGAGCGGUAUCCUCCGGCGUCCAAGGUCGCCUUCACCUCCCAAAUCAAAGCCUUCCAGUAAACCAAUCUCGCAUGACGUAAGGGAUGAAGAGGAGGAAGAAUCUCAAUCAGCCCGACCUAUAAAGAAGCGUAAAAAGCUGGCCGUCUCCCCGGAUGAAAGCAACUCGGAUGAUGAGCAGCCAUCUGAAAUACAAUCCUCCGCUGAAAAAAAUCGACUUAAUUCAGAAAAGGGAGGUUAUUCCAAACAGCAACCACCGGCAAAGGCGAGCGCCGAAGUCGAUACAUCUCAAAGUCUAUCCAGCGUAUCUGUUGUUCCAGAAUCUCAGCACAUAUACGAGGAUCAAUCCGAAACAUUUACUGAGCCCGAUCAGCCAAUAUCACAUCCACGCAAGAAUCCACCAGUGCUUCGACCGAUACCUCAAAUGACGCCUACAGCGUUUAAAGCUAGACUAGAGGGUCCUCUCUCCCAAAUUGAAGAAUUCACCAGCCCUUCUCCCUCACCCAAGCCAUCCAGGAAACAACUUGAGGCCGCGUCUAAUCGUGUCAAACCACUCACUACUUCUGCAAGUAGGGGUGUUCAACAGAGACCCACCGUCAACUACGAAAGUAGGUCCACAAACGACGCCUUGUCACCUAGGGGUUCUGUUCUCCUCAAUUCGGAGCCAUUACCUGCUACCGAAGUUUCGCGGCAAGAGCACAUAAUGAAAGUCGCUGCAAAAGAUGCAACUAUAGCCGCACUUGAAGCCCGGGUCUCCUUGCUGCAGGAAGAAAGAGAGAGAUUGGAAAAGCGCUUGCAAGACGAUGUCACCGAGCAUGCACUGGCCAAGCACGCUUUUGAGGAGCAAAUCUCUGGCCUAACUACGGCCUUGAAGCAAUUCGGUUCGCUUGAACCCGCUGGAGUUGAAGCUAUACUCUCUCAGGACAAGGUUUCCAGUGUUCUGGAUACACUACAGACGGAUGCAGGAACUGAUAUAACCAUGGCUCCACCACCAUACGUGCGCUCAGAAGAGGACGAAGCUCUCAUUACGCGAUUACGUGCCGAAAAUGCAGAGCUACAAGAUGUGGUCGUUCGGAUCAAAGCGGAGAAGGCGAGUUCUGAUGCGAUGGUGGAGCAAGUUCGGGAAGUCGCACUCCGAGCUGAAGCGGCGAGGACUGAUAUGUCACGUCAGUUAAGAAUAUUCAAGGAGGUGGCUCAAAAUGCUCCUAAGAUUGCGGAGGAGAUGUUUUCGUCCGCACUUGCCGCUGCACAAGGAGAGGUGGAGCAGUACAAAUCCCAAGUCUUAAUCUUGGAGGCACAGAACCUUUUGACUGGGGAUGAGAUUCGCAAGAAGGCCGCGAAGAGCGAUAUCCUAGCGAAGAAAUAUCAGCGUUCACAAAAGAAGCAAGAAGCACUCUUUGAAGAAUUAGCAAUCCUCGAACAGGAGAGAGACCGCGCGAACACACUGGCCCAAGAGCUCACUUUGAUCAUCAGCGAUAUUGGGAACAAUACGGCGAACGAAUCUACCUUUGAGAGAAUAGGCAAUAUCCUGCGCGGAGAUGACGAAGUAGAAGCAGUAGAUAUAGAGAUACCAGAUGCGAUAGGCGAGGACCAAACUGAAGAGACGACGACUUCAGAAUCUGAAGAUACAGACGAAGGUCCUAUCGUGGAAGAAGCAGAUGAGGAAGACGAAGAGAAGAAGAGUGCAAAAGGCGAUAUGAACCUUACUGUAGAAGAAAUUAGAGACCCUAGCCAAGCUCGCUCGAUUUCCCCUAUCUUGCAAGCCACUCCUUCUAUUCGA